CAGUUCCAACUGACAUGGUCAUAUUGUAGGAGCUCGAUUUUUAUUCAUCUAGAUUAUUAUUAUUAUUUGUAUUAUUAUUGUAAAUUGAUAAACGUGGCUAAAGUUCUGGAAACAUGGAACAAGUUGGGAACAUGUUCUGUUGCCAGGAUUCAUUCAGAUUUGCGCUUAUCAAGGAAAAUGCGCUUUGAGGAUGGUAUAUCCAUGAAGGAUUACAUCAAGAUGAUGGCUUACAUGAUUGUGUUGUGUUUAACACUGGCAAUUUCAUUAUCGUUUUGGGUCCUGUCCAUAACCGCCAGCACAUACUACGGUACACUGCAACCAGUAUCGCCAUUUCGAUGGCUGUUUUCAGUGCUCGUCCCUCUCGUUAUCACCAUUCGAGCCUUUAAAAGAAAGAGUCUUGAUCAUGGUGGUGCAAUAGCAGCGAUGCUGGUCGGCUUCAUUCUUACUAUGGCCAACAUGAGCUUUUUUGCAGCUUUGUUGACCUUUUUCAUCACAUCCAGCAAACUAACGAAAUGGAAGGGGAGCAUUAAGAAACAAAUCGACUCCGAUUACAAAGAAGGUGGCCAAAGGAAUUGGUUGCAGGUAUUCUGUAAUGGUGGAGUUCCUACAGAAUUGGCCCUGCUCUAUAUGAUUGAAGCUGGACCUGGGGAAAUAGCUUUAGAUUUUGUGAAGCAGUAUUCAGCCUCGUGGAUGUGUUUAUCGCUGUUGGGAGCCUUGGCUUGCAGCACAGGGGACACCUGGGCUUCAGAGGUCGGUCCAGUGCUCAGUAAGAGCAAGCCCAGGCUCAUUACCACCUGGAGAGAUGUUCCAGCAGGUACCAAUGGAGGAGUCACUCUUGUUGGUCUAGUGGCUAGUUUCUUGGGUGGAGCCUCAGUUGGUUUAGCAUUCUUCUGCACACAGCUCCUGAUGGUUAAAGAUCUGCAUUUGGCAGAUCCUCAGUGGCCCAUCAUCUUAUAUGGAGCUUUAGGAGGCCUGCUGGGAUCGCUGCUGGACUCUUUCCUGGGGGCAACCAUGCAGUAUUCAGGAUACGACGAAGACAUCGGGAAAGUUGUGAGUUACGAGACGAAGAGUGUCAAACGAAUUUCUGGGAAACCGAUCCUGGAUAACAACGGAGUCAAUCUUUUCUCUUCUGUGCUCAUAGCACUAUUCCUGCCUGGCUUUGCAUGGACCUUCUGGCCGAGGCAGUGAAAUGCAAUGUUAUUGUGCAUCAUAUAACUUAGUUUGUGUAAAAAAACUAAAACAUAACCAUUGCUUUCAAAGGAAUUUUCAAGGAAUAAAACAGAACCAUUCUGUAUUAAGAAUGUGCUCAUCCAAAAAUGUAAUGUACCAGCUUAAAUUGAUAGUUCACCCAAAAAUAAAAAUGAAACAUUCUCUGAAAA